AUGGAUCAAAAUCAAGGAGCAAUAAAUAUUUCACCUUUUCCACUUCCACCUGAAUAUGCACAAGAAUAUACAACUGAUAACAUUAAAUCAGGACGAUUUCGUUAUCCACCACCAAUUCCUAAAAAAUACAAAUUAUUUGGUAUUGAAUAUGAUCGGGAUAAUGAUAAAGAACCAUCUUUAAUAGAUUUAAAAAUUCCUCAAUUAUAUAAUUCUAAGGAAGAUAUUAAAAAAGAAUUAAAAAAAUUGAACAUGAGUAUGAUAGCAGCUUAUCUUGAUUUAUUAGAUGUCUUAAUACGUUGUCCUUCUGAUCCAGAAAGAAUUCAAAGAAUUGAACAACUAAGAUUAUUAUUUAUUAAUUUUCAUCAUUUAUGUAAUCAAUUAAGGCCAAUACAAGCACGAGAUAAUUUGGUAGCAAUUUGUGAAGACCAAGUUAUUGAUAUCAGAGUUACGGAAAGUUUAAGACAAAUUGUUAAGCAUGGUAAAUCUGAUACAUAUGAUCUCUUCAAAAAAUAUGUUAAAGUAUUAAGAGAUAAGAAAGACAAGUAUUAUAAAAAAAGAAGAUUAUUUAUGAAAGAAAAAAAAAUGGAGCAGGCACAAAGAAAAAUAACUAAUGAAAAUAAUUAUUCAUUUAUUGAUGUUAAUUCUGAAAAUAAUGAACAAAUGAAAUCAUUAAAUAUGGAUAACAUGUUAAAUGAAACAUCUGAAAAUAAUUCAAGUGUUUUCACUUCAUAUUCAAACGAGGAUUUAAAUACUAAUGAAUAUCAUGAGAAAGAUACAGUUCCUAAUUUAAAUCGAAAUGCAAAAAGAAUGAAUAGAAUAAAACACCAACCUUAUUGCAGUUCCUCAACUACUAAAAGAGUCAUGAAUCCUGUAUCAAUACGAAAACACACUAGUAUUGAUGCUGAAUGUGAUACUAAUACUCAAUUAGAAGAGGAUUACUAUUAUAUUGAAGAUAAUUCAUAUGAUCAACAAGAUUUUGUUGAAGUCAAUGAACCAAUAUUUAAUGAUUACUAUCGACAAUUAAAUGUAAAUGUGGUUACUCAAUGCCCUGAAUGUUCAAGAGUUUUUUAUACAACAGAUCAACUUAUGCUUCAUGUCGAAAACUGUAUGCUUGAAGCUUUUGAGAAAGAAGUAUCAGCAAUUUAUGACAUGUAUUUAAGAGAAAAUCAAAUUUCAAGGGAAGUUCAUGGAUAUGAAGAGACAUAUAAUCACAAUAAAGAAUCUACAACAUUAUUUACGCAAAAUUGUAGUGAAAAAGAUAUGAUAAAUCAUUCUAAUUUACCAGUAUAUCAGUUAAUAAACAAUUUUCCUUCAAAUAAUGAUGAUUAUGAAAAUGAGAAAUUUUUUCAAGGUAUUAAAGCAACACCCAUAGAUAUUUAUGGAAAAAAAGUUAAUGAAAUAAAUGAACAUAUUACAGACAAUUUAUGUUAUAGUGAAAAUAUACAAAAUGAUACUACUUUAAAUACUUCAAAAACUCAAAAUAAUGUUUCAUUUCAAUCUAGAGAAAAAAAUUUUCAAAAUUCUAAUUUAUUACAAAAGCAUAUUAAUAAAAAUAUUAACGAUGUAUCCUUAACGUGCAAAAGUGUGAUACCGGUAAACAAUUGUGAUAUUCAAGAAAAAUCAGUUCACCUAGUAUCGUCUUCAACUUCUGGAAUUACAGAACUUAAUAUGGAUGGAACAGUAAAACAUUUAAAAAAACCUAAAAUGGAGUGCCCAACAUGUGGUCUUUGGCUUUAUCGUCAUAAUUUUUCUGCCCAUUUUCGUACUCAUACAGGUGAUCAACCUCAUUCAUGCCCUUACUGUGAUAAAAAGUUCAGAACAACAUCAGCUCAAAAAGUACAUGUUCGAGCACAUACAGGAGAAAAACCAUAUCAUUGUAUGAUUUGUGAAUAUGCUUCUUUAACAAAAAGAAAUUUAGAUAGACAUAUUUUAAAUAAUCAUGUAAAUACACCAAAAAAACAAAUUAGAGUUAGAAAAAGUAUAUAUCGAAGUGGGAAAGAAAUUUAUGAUGAUGAAGAUAUUUCUUCUAAAGAAGAUUUAUUGGAUGUGACAUAA